AUGUUGCGUUGUUUUUUUUUUUUUUUUCGUUCGUUGCUUGUUUCUUUUUUGUUGUCGUUCCUCCUGUUUUCCCGUUUUGCUUCGGCGCCGCGGCGCCCCAGUGGUCACGAAAGAACCGCCUCAAAGAAGCGGACGGCGGCGCGGGGGAGAAUCCGCCCGGAAUUCCACCGAACCGAAGCCGAAUUAGCAGGACAAGGCGCGAAUUCCGAGGAGGAACGAACCAGGGGUCCGGCGGCAGAAGCCAUUAUUUCCCCGCAGGGGGUUGGUAGGGAGGAAAGGCGUUUGAAACACAAGGGGAGGAAAAAGAAAUCGAAAAACCUAAAAGAACUCAAGGUGUACCAACCCAAACGGCCAGUAAAUAUGAUGAGGCCAUCCCAAAUGGGGGCAGGUGCGGCUUCAAGUCCUCAGUUUUUCAGCUUUUCGUCGCCCAACCUUUUUUUUGGAAAUUUGGAGAAGCGCCCGUUUUCAAGCCGCGCGGGCCUCCCUCCUUUUUCGUGCGGCCGCGUCCCGGCAAAUGCCCCCGACCAGAAAGAACGGUCUGGGGUACCCCACGCGAGGGGCGUUUCACCCCGUUUCAGGGGCCAGCGGGGAGGGGGUGGGGCGGGGGAUGCCGGUGACCACCUUCCCACCCAUCGCUUCUUCUUUUUUUUUUUUUGUCUCCUUUCUGUUUCUGCUUUCGUGCGCGUGGGCCGGUCCAGGUUUAACGUGGCUAAAAUUGAAAGAGUGGUGCGUUUUUUUUUUUCAUUCUUUGGUACCUUGGAAUUGUUUGAAGGUUCCUUUUUUUUUUUCUCCUUUUCAUAUGAUCUUUUAAAUCUUUACGUUUUAAGGUUUUUUUUUUUUUUUUAUUUAAUUACUUACGAAGUAUAG